GCCCGGGGGCGGGCGCAGCCCCGCGUUCCGCGGAGCACGGCGGGGCAGGCGGGGGCCGGGCCCGGCUGCUGACGGCGGCUUCUGCGGUUCCUCGGCCUCCCCGGGCCGGGCAAAGGUUGGCGCGGCUCCCCGCCAGUCCGAGGGUUGUCCUCGUGUGCGGAGGCUCGGGAUUCCUGCAGCUGGGCAGGCGAGAGACGAGCGAGCGUCUGCAGAGACACAAUGUCUUCUGGAAAAGACUGUCAACCCCAGACCUUGACCAAACCCACAUUUGAUGAGAGAGAGGCAGCUGAAUUGGUUGACAGGGUGUUUGGAUUGAAGGUAUCUUGGAUCAGGUCACUCCCCAGCUAUGAUGAUCAGAACUUCCACGUGCGUGUCUCAGCUGAAGGUGCUGAUGAGUUUGUCCUCAAAAUCACCAACUCAGAAGACAGCCAGGAGCCUGACCUCAUUGAAGCGCAGACCCAGGCCAUGAUGUUUCUCAGUGCCGAAGGCUUCCCUUCAGCGACUCCUUAUCUGACAAAAGAUGGUAACAUAAUGUCUCUGGAGUCGGGAGGUGCUGGAACUGGGAGCAAGAAGUACAUGGUCAGACUGCUGACUUACCUGCCAGGUACACCAGUGGCAAAAAUCACUACCAAUGCCCAGAUUCUGUAUGAGAUUGGGAGGCUCGCUGCCAGCAUGGAUAAAGUGCUCUCAGAGAAAUUCCAGCAUCCAUCAGUAAAAAGUCUGCAUCGAGGUCAGUUCAUUUGGAAUCUGGCAAAUGUUCCUCUUCUAGAUCAGUACAUUUAUGCCUUGGGCCAGAACAAAUCCUGUGCAGUGGUGGAGCAAGUUAUUGAGCAGUUCAAAGGCAAAGUAAUUCCCAAGCUAAGCAGUUUCCGAGCCUGUAUCAAUCAUGGAGACCUUAAUGACCACAAUAUUCUAGUAGACUCCAGUUCUGCUUCCCUGGUGAAUCCCCAGUACAGAGUGUCUGGCAUCCUGGACUUCAGCGACAUGAGUUAUGGGUAUUACGUGUUUGAGGUUGCGAUAGCCAUCAUGUACAUGAUGAUCGAGAGCCCAGACCCUCUGAGUGUAGGGGGGCAUGUUCUCGCGGGGUUUGAGAGCAUCCUGCCGCUCACUGCUGAGGAGAGAGGUGCCCUUUUUCUCCUGGUGAGCGGGAGGUUUGCACAGUCCCUCGUCAUCGCUGCCCACACGGCUCUUCUGUACCCAGAGAACAAAGAGUACCUCACGAUCACGGCGAAAACUGGCUGGAAACACUUAAUGACAAUGUUCGAGGUGGGCCAGGAAGCUGUGGAGAAGAAGUGGUUUGAGACUGCCCAGGUGUACACGCACCACGCAUCUGCCCCAUAGGUCCGCGGCUGCUGCGGUACUGGGGGUGCCACCGGACUGAAUAAAAGCACAAAUCAAGCAAUAAAGGUGGCGCUGUCUGAGCUGGA